AUGUGUACUGCAAGUGUUUGUGGAAUUUGUCAACAUAAAUCAUGGUCUGGAUGUUCAGAUCCAAAACAUAUAGUUCAAGUUAUGAAUACAAGUUCAAAAUCUGAUUGGUGUUCAUGUUUACCAUUUGAUGAUGAAGAAGUUUUAUUAAUUGAUGGUACUACUUAUCCUCCAAGAGCUGGUUGUGGUUAUAGAAGAGCAAGUGAUUCAAGUAUUAAUAAAUAG